CCUUAUGAGCAAACAGAAGAGGACAACUGGAGUCGAGUCCAACAGUCGAUCAGGUAAAGUGUGGCAUACGGGUGAAGGAUCACACACACCUGAGGAUAAAACUAUACCAUCACGAUCUGUUCCUUCAGAGUCAGCAUUUUUUCUGAGAUGGAAAAUGAACCAAUUACGGUCGAGUAUAUUCCAUCGAAACAAUCUAUGUGGUGGGGAACUCUUGGGACCGUCCGGCCGUUUACGCCUUUCGAUCCGAAUCUGGACGCACGUCAGAUUUACACAGCGCUGGAUAAGAAAAAUACUGACGUGAUGACGGUGAUAAAGAUCCUUACUUACAGGACCAACGCUCAAAGACAGAGCAUCGCUUCAGCCUUCCAGAAACACACACAGAAGGAUCUGAGCACAGUUCUGAAGAAAGGUCUGUCAGGUGCUGUUCAGGAGCUGCUGUUAGCACUCAUGAUGACUCCGGAUUACUUUGACGCUCAUCGCCUUCGCCAGUCCAUGGAGGGUCUUGGGACAGACGAGGAAGCUCUUCUGGAGGUCUUGUGCACCAGAUCACCGAACCAACUCCGAGAUAUCACUGUAGCGUACCAUGAAGCGUACGGCCGUUAUCUGGAGAACGACUUGAUCAGUGAGACGAGUAAAGAUUUUACCAAGCUGGUGCUGGCCAUAUUGAAGAAAGAGGAGAUUAGCAAGCACAGCAAGAUUAAUUAUGAGCUCAUUGAGCAGGACGCCAAGCAACUACGAGACGCUGUCAUCAGUAAGAAAUCGAACCCUGAGCCAUGGAUUCAGGUGCUCACCUCACGCAAUUCUGACCAUCUCGACAGAGUGCUUUCUAGGCUUGAGGAUCAGAAAGGCGAAGCAGUGGAUAAAAUCAUCCAGAAGAGCUUCUCAGGAGACCUGCGACUAGGGCUGAGGAUUUUGGUUCAAACUAUCCAAAACACACCACUAUUCUUGGCCCAGCGCUUACACACCUGCAUGAAGAAAAGCGCUGUGGUUCAUGGCAUCAUGGUGGCUCGGAGUGAAGAGGACCUCCUGCGUGUGAGAGUCGAGUUCGUCAAACUGACCAAUCUUUCCCUCUACUCCACCAUACAGAAAGAAUUCAAAGGGGAGAUGCAGCAAGCUCUUCUGGCUCUGUGCCGAUCUGAGGAUGGGUAGAAGAACAUGCAUGGAAGCGAGGCGAAAGGCCAAAGUCUCUGGUUUUGGCUUUUGGUGUAUUUUUGUGAAGACUUUUUGCUAUGGUGAUUUUCUUUUGAGGUGACAUUUAUUUAUAGAAAGAGUCUUUGUAGUCAGUGGUUAAGUUUUAACUUUCUCCUGGACAGAGGAGUUUACGUUUUACGGUUUCUCUGUAACAUGACAAACUGAAUUUAUUUGUCUUAAUAAACUUGAGAGAAAUUAAAAAAUUACUGGAUGGUGUUUAAUGGAUUGUGU